CAACAAUAAAAGGCUAACCUAGAAACGUACGAACGAAAAAACAAAAGGAAAGAAAAAUUAAAAAAAGCAGAGCAAAUAACGGCCGAAGAAGAGAAAGCAGUGACGACGAAGAAGAAUCAGAGAGCAGAGCACGGUAGCUACUUUUUGUGUGUGUCCUAACCCGUUACCGGUUUCAGCUUUUCCGCCUCUCCCCGUACGUAUCGCCGGUAUCGGUGCUACAUAGAGAGUUGCAGCUGUACCUGGCUUGGACAGGCGCAUCACCAACAGCGACUAUUUCGGCAGACCUACGUUCUUCUCUGGAGCCGCGCAAGAAGUAGGGCACGACGCAGGCGGCCGUUCCGAAUCCCCGGCCGCUCGUCCAGGUGGUGCCGCUUAGAAUCCGGCAUUCAUCUUUGCAGAAGCGUAGCAAGAGUUAAUCAGUUCAGUGUUUCAGUUCCGUAAGUCGGCAAUAUUUUUCGAAGAUUUAACCCGAAAAUUGCAAGGUCAGUAAUCUUCAAAUUUACUAAUUUGAAAUUUUUAUUCUUUGAAUUAAUAGUACACUUAUUACUUAUCCCUUACCGAAGUUGUGAUUUUGAUAUUGGAUUUGUGAUUUUGAUAUUGGUUUUGGGAAUUUAGUUGCGUGUGUGGUUUCUGUCAGGUACCAAUGAUUUUGCUCAUUCCCAUUUGUAUGAUAUGAUAUUUUAUAUUUUGAUACGACCUGUAUGGUUUUAUUGAAUUGCUGUCAGAUGAGAAAAAAUCGCAAGGUGAAAAGCAAUUCCAACUCCAAGCUAAUAAAAUCCCGGAAGAAGAAGUUGGAGAAGCUCAAGGAGGACAAGGAAAAAGCUAUCCUUUUAUCUAAAAGCAUGGAGACCUUGGAGAAGUAUAAGAUUGGGGAUGGUGCAUAUUCACUUUUGAGGUCUUCAAGAAUCUUGGGUCUGGUUGGUUGAAACUAACCGGGAUAAGAGAAGAAGAGAAGUUCAAUAUUCGAAAGCAGGACUAGAAGUGCCAAGUGGCGAUCGACCCUUUAAGAAGAAUAAGAACAAGAUUGCUAAUACCAUUAUAAGUGAUGCUGAACAAGAAUGUGAUGAAACUCAAUCAACUUCUCCUGUCAUCAAUGACUAUAUAUUGCGCGCACCAGUAAGCAAAGGAGAUACGCUGUCUGAUGCAUCUUCUUGUCUAGGAGCCUCUAAACCUCAUGUUUCCGAUGGAGGUUCUUCAACAACAGUUAGGCAUGCAACAACAAAUGAAUAUAAUGAGCCCUCAAGGACUGAAUCUCUGCAAUACCCACCACCAUCCACCCCAAGUUGCGUUGAUGAUGGAAGGGCAGGAUUAAAGCUUGAAAUUGAUAGAAAACAGAAUGCUAACCUCACUGCCUGUACACCCCAAAGGUCUUUAAUUGCCCCGACUGUAGUGCAUGUUAUUAGACCAAAAGAGGUUGAAGAGAAAAGGAAAGACCUUCCAAUAGUCAUGAUGGAGCAGGAGAUAAUGGAAGCCAUAAAUGAGAACACUUGUGUAAUUAUUUGUGGUGAGACUGGCUGUGGCAAGACUACCCAGGUUCCACAGUUCCUUUAUGAAGCUGGAUUUGGAUUGCAUUCUAGAAGAGGUGGGAUUAUUGGUGUAACCCAGCCCCGCCGGGUUGCUGUUCUUGCAACUGCCAAACGGGUUUCCUUUGAACUCGGUUUUCAUCUAGGCAAAGAGGUUGGCUUUCAAGUACGGCAUGACAGGAAGGUGGGGAGUAAUUGCUCAAUCAAGUUCAUGACGGAUGGAAUUUUGCUGCGAGAAGUGCAGAAUGAUUUUCUAUUAAGACGUUACUCAGUCAUAAUCUUGGAUGAAGCUCAUGAGAGAAGCUUGAACACAGAUAUACUUAUUGGGAUGCUCUCACGUGUAAUAAGAGAGCGCCAGAGAGAAUUUGUGGAACAGCAAAAGAAAAUACUAUCAGGAAAUACUAUAAGCGACGAAGAAAAGAUAUAUCCGUUGAAACUUGUGCUGAUGAGUGCGACGCUUCGGGUUGAGGACUUUGUGGCUGGGGGAAGAGUUUUUCCCGAUCCUCCACCCGUAAUAGAAGUCCCGACCCGUCAAUACCCAGUCACCACACACUUCUCCAAGAGAACUGAGAUUGUAGAUUAUGUUGGUCAAGCUUACAAAAAAGUAUUGUCUAUCCACAAGAGACUUCCUGCCGGGGGCAUACUUGUCUUUGUAACCGGACAGCGGGAGGUGGAGUUCUUGUGCAAGAAGCUAAAGCACGCAUCUAAGGACAUAACUAAGAAAAAAAACUUCAAAGAAAAAGAUCAGUCACUGUCUACAGUGGCACCUUCUGAGGAUAAAGAUAUGAAGGAGAUAAGCGAGGCAUUUGAGGUAAAUGAAAACACAAAGCUUGAAAUAACUGAACGAUUUAGUUCUUAUGAAGAGGAACAUCUGGAUAACUAUGAGGAUGAUUGUGACGUUUCCUAUGAUUCAGAGGAUGAUAGUGAUCUGGAAGUCUCUUCCAAUGGGGACGAACAGUCAAACCGACAUUUAUUGGAGUCUGGUGGAACCCUUGAUUCACUAAAGGCUGCUUUUGAAUCUUUGUCUGGAAAGAAACCCGCACUGUCAAAAACUGAGAGGAAAUCAAAUGCGCCGAGUAUUCCUCCAUGUGUUGGUCCCAUGUGUGUCCUACCCCUUUACGCAAUGCUUCCUGCAACCGCUCAGCUUUGUGUCUUUGAAGAGGUAAAGGAAGGAGAGCGUCUUGUUGUUGUUGCUACGAAUGUGGCUGAAACCUCUCUGACUAUUCCCGGAAUAAAAUAUGUUGUUGACACGGGCAGAGAAAAAGUGAAGAAGUACAACUCCUCGAAUGGGAUGGAAACAUAUGAAGUGCAAUGGAUAAGUAAAGCUUCGGCUGCCCAGCGUGCCGGUAGGGCAGGAAGGACUGGACCUGGUCAUUGCUAUCGCCUUUAUUCUUCUGCUGUCUUUAAUGACAUAUUGCCUUCCUUCUCAGAUGCUGAAAUAUUGAAAGUGCCUGUUGAUGGUGUUGUGCUCCUCAUGAAAUCUAUGCACAUUAGCAAGGUUGCAAAUUUCCCUUUCCCUACCCCUCCAGAAACAGCUUCCUUAAGUGAAGCAGAGCGCUGCUUAAAAGUUCUAGAAGCACUUGACGUGAAUGGAAGGUUGACGCCUCUUGGUAAGGUCAUGUCACAGUUCCCAAUGAGUCCACGUCACUCUCGUAUGCUCCUCACGGUCAUCCAGAUGAUGCGAAGAGUCAAAGAAUAUAAACGGGCAAACACCGUCUUGGCUUAUGCAGUUGCAUCAGCUGCAGCUUUGAGCUUAUCAAAUCCUUUUCUUAUGGAGUUUGAACACCCCCAGAGUGAUCAAGGUGAGAGAACUGAUGAGAAGGAAGAAAAGAAGAAGAAAAAGAAGUUGAAAGAAACCGUUAGAGUCUCUAGGGCAAAGUUCUUAAACCCCACUAGUGAUGUGUUGACCAUAGCUAAAGCAUUGCAGUGUUUUGAACUGUCUGGUAAUCCAAUGGCGUUCUGUAGUGAAAAUGGAUUACACCUAAAGACCAUGGAAGAAAUGUCCAAGCUCAGGAAGCAACUUCUUCACCUAGUCUUUAACUCAAAGGUAUCCGGAUUCCAAACGGACCCAAAGUGUGACAGACAGAAUGGUUUCUCAUGGUGCCAUGGGACGAUUGAGGAUGUAGAAGCUUCAUGGAAGGCUCUCUCAGAUAAACAUAAUUCUCUCCACCUGAAUGAAGAGGAGAUAAUUGGACAAGCUAUCUAUGCCGGUUGGGCUGAUCGGGUAGCCAAACGGAUCAAACGAAUUUCAGGACUGUCUGAAGAAGACAUGAAAGCAACCUCAGUUCGUUACCAAGCUUGCAUGGUGAAAGAAACGGUAUUCCUCCACCGUUGGUCAGCUGUUUCAAAGUCAGCACCUGAAUUUCUAGUGUACACUGAACUUCGGAAUUCUAAAAGGCCAUAUAUUCUUGGAGCAACAAGUGUGAAAGCAAACUGGCUUGUUAAACACGGUCAGUUUGCACAUAUGUAAAGGAAACCCUAUUCAACUUCAACUUAUCUAAAAUCUUAUACACACCAAUGAAGGUUAGGGCAUUUAAGGGAGGAAAAAAAUGUUGGUAGUAUCCUCUAGCUGAAUUGAUAUGUACAAUACGCUUGACCACAGGUACUCUAUCAAAGGACUUUAACUUCCGUUUUAUUUCCGUCUGUCAUUCCUCCCAUCUGUUCAUGUUUUAAAAAAAUUAUUCCGUUUUAUGUUCGUCCCAUCCGUUUCUCACUGUCGCCUGGAAUAUAUCAUUCGCAUUCUUCACCUGAAACUAAAACCCGCUGCCUGCUCGCUGCCUACUCCCAUCUAUUCAUCCGAUCCGACAUGUUUUCUUUUCAUUUCCCCUUGCCUACUCAGUGAGUCGCUGGUCUUCCGAUUUCUCAAGUAUGUAUUUUAAUUUCAGUUUUAGUUUGUUAUAAUUUAUUUGAUUCAGCUUUAUGCCUUUAUUUCUGGAAAUUUUGAGGGUUUCUAUUAUGAAUACAGAUAAAUUGCCCACUAGAUUUUUGGAAUUUACAUGCUGUGAAUUUUCAUGUUAUUGUGAAUCCUGAAUUCAACUUUAGUUCGAGGAAUUGUGAUAUGCGAUUUAAUGUGGAUACUGUGACUUCUUG